AUGAUAUUUGAUUUGAUUGUUAAAAAUGGUAUUUUGUGUACAGAAUCUCUCCUCAAAGCUGAUUUGGGAAUAAAGGAUGGUAAGAUUAUAAAGAUUGGUGACUUGAGCGACUUCUCUUUUAAAGAUGUCAUAGAUGCGGAGGGUGCAAUUGUAACUCCAGGAGGGAUUGAUGCUCAUGUUCACUUGAGAGAGCCCUUAGACCUUUUUGGAGAAAUAUGUGAUGACUUCGAAAGUGGCACAAGAAGUGCAGUUGCGGGUGGCACUACUACAAUUAUUACCUUUGCAUCUCAAGAUCCACGCGAAGAGGGAGCAACCGCAUUGCUCAACUCCAUCAAUAAGUGUAAAGACAAUUGCACUAGAAAUUUAUAUUGUGACUACGCCUUACAUCUUAUUGUAUUCAAAAUUGACAAAGAAAGUCUCGAAAAGCAGUUGACUCUCUUGGCCAAGGAGGGAAAAGUAACCAGUAUCAAGCUAUAUAUGACAUAUUCCAAGUUACAGCUUAAAGAUUACGACCUUAUGACUGUUUUAAAUGUUGCCAGGAAGUGUGGUAUAACUGUCAUGUUACAUGCUGAAAAUGGGGAUAUGGUUCAAUGGAUGAUAGAUUCCCUUGAAGAGCAAGGAAAGACGGAGCCCUAUUAUCAUGCAAUAUCGCGGCCAUCUAUCUUUGAAGGUGAGGCUACAAAUCGUGCUAUUGUAAUGGCAGAAACUUUGGAUACGCCUCUAUUAUUUGUACAUGUUUCUGCACCAGAAGCUAUCAAAGUUAUCCAGAGUGCUCAAUCUAGGGGGUUGCGUAUAUUUGCAGAAACAUGUCCUCAAUAUAUACUCCUUACAUCAGACAACUUGAAAAAGCUACACUCUCAUGAUCCAUUCGAAGGAGCAAAAUACAUAUGCUCCCCACCACCUAGACAAAAUGAGGAUGACCUUGAAGCUAUAUGGAGUGCUUUGGGAGAUGGGUCUGUGACAAUAUUUUCAUCUGACCAUUGUCCAACGAAAUACUAUACAGACGACGGGAAAAAGAUAGCAUUCAAAAAUGGGCAUAAUGGCGAAUUUCAAUGGAUUCCCAAUGGAUGUCCAGGAGUUGAAACAAGACUAGGUUUACUAGCAAGCUAUGGCGUCUCUAGAGAACGGUUAUCGUGGGAAAAAUUCGUCGAGCUCAACUGCAUAAAUCCAGCGAAAUUGUAUGGGAUGUAUCCCAAGAAGGGAACUUUAAUAGAAGGAGUAUCGGACGCUGAUAUCGUUAUUUGGUACCCACAAGGAAAGUUUCAAGAUCAAAUAAAAGUCGAGAAUUUGCAUAGUAACUGUGAUUAUACGCCUUUUGAAGGUUUUGAAAUAAGUAACUGGCCAAGAUAUACAAUCGUUAAGGGCCAAGUUGUAUUCAAGGAGGGAAAAUUUACUCUGGUAGAUAAAAGAAAUGGGUGCUUUGUCCCCCGGAAUAAGAGUCAGUUAGCCGUACCUAGGAACAGAUGGAUUUCUGAAUGGAGACCUUGUUAA